GCCCGCCUGGCUGCACAUCUGACAGGGUAAAAACUGUUGUGUGUGUGGCGCGGCGAUGAUUCGGGGGCAUCCUGUUUCCCUCAGUCUGUUUGUGCCAUGUGAUAGCUGGAGUUUUAUUCCAUGUCCCAGCCAACAGACAUGUUGCCUCCCCUUGUCAAAGGGUGAGAGCGGUGAGGAUGGCCGGGUGAGGCGGUGGUUUGCAGAGAAGAGCACCAGGAGCUGGAAGAACAUGAAGUUAGCCUUCCAGGGAAGGAAAGUUUCUCUAGUUGCUGCUUGAAGAUACCUUUUAGUUUCUUCUUUGAGACAUCUCCAAAACACGUGACAUGAUUCGUAUGCUUUUCUUGGCUGUGUUGCUUCCUGAAGGUAAGUAAAAUUAAAAAAGCGAGAGAAAGCAUGUGCUGUAAACUUAAAACUGUUUCAUAUUUUUAUUUUUUGGUUGUAGCGGUUCACGGUGCACAGGGUCACUAUGCUCAGAAGCUCCUGAAUGAUCUGAUGGAGAAUUACUCCAAUGCUCUGCGCCCCGUCGAGGACACAGACAGUGCCCUUAAUGUCACCUUACAGAUCACCCUCUCUCAGAUCAAAGACAUGGAUGAGAGAAACCAGGUGCUGAUAGCCUACCUGUGGAUCAGGCAGACGUGGCAUGAUGCUUACCUGAAGUGGAACAAAGACGACUAUGAUGGUCUGGACGUCAUCCAUAUCCCAAGCAGCCUGGUAUGGAGGCCUGACCUUGUUCUCUAUAAUAAAGCCGAUGAUGAUUUCUCAGGACCAAUGGACACCAAUGUGAGGCUCCGCUACAAUGGGGAAAUAACAUGGGACGCUCCUGCCAUCACUAAGAGCUCCUGCGUUGUAGACGUGUCCUACUUCCCCUUCGACAGUCAGGAAUGUAACCUCACUUUUGGCUCCUGGACCUAUAAUGGCAACCAGGUAGACAUCUUCAUGGGUAUGGACAGUGGUGACCUGUCGGACUUUGUGGAAAACGUGGAGUGGGAGUGCCAUGGGAUGCCCGCCACCAAGAAUGUCAUAAUGUACGGCUGCUGCUCAGACCCGUACCCAGACAUCACAUACACAGUGUUGCUGCAACGGCGCUCUUCCUUUUACAUCUUCAACCUCCUCCUGCCCUGCUUCCUCAUCUCCUUUCUGGCUCCUCUGGGGUUCUACCUGCCGGCAGACUCUGGGGAGAAAGUCUCACUCGGGGUGACAGUUCUCUUGGCUCUCACUGUUUUUCAGUUGAUGGUGGCUGAAAGCAUGCCGCCGUCAGAGAGCGUUCCUCUCAUAGGGAAGUACUAUAUUGCCACCAUGACUAUGGUCACAGCCUCCACAGCCCUCACCAUCUUCAUCAUGAACAUUCACUUCUGCGGUGUUGAAGCCAAGCCGGUUCCUCACUGGGCUAAAGUACUCAUCAUUGACUACAUGUCCAAGAUCUUCUUUGUUUAUGAAGUAGGGGAGAACUGUACUUCUGCCUCCAUUCAGUCAUCCCAAGAAGAUGCUCUCAACAAGCAAGUCCACUCUCACAUCCAUGCAAACGGUCGCCCCGGAAGCCACCACAGUCAAGAGGACUGGCAGAGUCACAAAUACAAACCCCCCCGGUCUCAGGCUUCUCUUGCACAACAGCAGCACCGAGUGGAAGUCCAGCACCGCAUCAUGAGGGAGGAGAACGAAUGUUUUUCCAGUUUUUCACCUGGAAAGUAUGAAGGCUCAGAUGAAAAAAUCCCCUUAACUGAUUUUACUUCAGAAGAUAAGCCAGUCCCCUGUUGUCCUGAGGACCAGAAGCCCCCAUGCUGCCCUGAAGACAAACCGCCUUUGCUGACCUGCCCAACUGUGACCUUCAGGUCGUGUGUGUUCUGCAGCCACAGUGGUGGCGUCCCCAAAAUGGACAACAAGCUGAUGCGUAACGUGGAGUAUAUUGCCAACUGUUUUCGUGAGCAGAGGGCCACAUGUGUUAAAGGAGCAGAAUGGAAGAAGAUCGCUAAAGUGAUGGACAGGUUCUUCAUGUGGAUUUUCUUCAUCAUGGUUUUCCUCAUGAGCAUUCUUAUCAUUGGCAAAGCAAAGUGAAGUAAGCAGUCGAUGGUUUUUGUAUUAAAAUAUUCAACUGAACACACAUUUGACCUAUAACUAAAGACCUACUAAUGCAUGUAUUGCAUUCAAUUAAAUUUUUUGUUGAUGAAAAAAAAAAAAAAGUGGGUCAUAUAUUUUUCUUUUUUUUCUUCUAUUUUUUUAAAGAACACAUAAUUUUUCUACUUUUAAUUGCAGAUGAUUUUUAUUGCCUAGCCUGUUAGUAGUUCUUUGGUUUUGGACUUCUUUAUUAAUUAUAAUGAAAAACACAAAGAAAUUAGAAAGAAAAAUGCCUGUUUUUUAUAUAUACAGUAUAUACACGGAAAGAUUAAAACCAAUAUCCCCUGCUUUUUUAUUGAAUUCAAUCUGCUUCCAUACUAA